AUGAAUAACUACUCGAAUGCGGAUAACCCCUUCAAUGAUGCUAACCUUGCCAAAAAAUUUACUUGGGCCAAGAAACGUGAAGUUGAAAAAAAGAAGGGCAUAUCUUCUGCAGAAGCAGCAAGACGGGAUGCUAUCAGGAGAGAGGAAGCUAGGAUAGAAUUGGAAAAAUUGAAGCAAAAGCGUGCAGAACGUGAGCGCGAAAGAGAAGAAAGAGAAGAAGAACUGGUCAGGAUCCAGCGCGCUUCAGAGCAGGCUCAGUUAGGUGAUUGGCAGGCCCAAGAAGAAGAGUUCCAUUUGAAACAGGCGAAACGACGCGCGGAGAUAAGAAUCAAGAGUAACCGAGCCAAACCCAUCGAUAUCCUUGCUGUUAACAUUAAACUGAUUGCUGAGGAUAGAGGUGAGAAAGAUGAGGAUGAGGAAGACGAUAUUGGCCUUGAGAUCGAUGUCGAGGAACCUUACACUAUUUUCGACAACUUGAGUCUCCAGGAAGUGGAAGAGCUGUUUCACGACAUCAAAUUCUAUCUUAGCUUAGACAAGGAUGAGCAGAGUAUGGAUUUCUGGAGAUCAAUGCUAAUUGUUUGUGAAGAUAAACUUACGGAAUUGGAUCCAGCACGCGCAGUACAGAGUGUCGUUGCACCUCAUAUAGCUCAGGACAUUGCAUCCAAGCUGGCUGGCAAGUCAUAUGAAGAGCUUACCCUUCUGCAAGGACAGAUCCAGCGCAAAUUAGGAGCCGGAGGCGCAAUUGAUGUUGACUACUGGGAGGCUUUAUUGAAAACUCUAAUUGUUUGGAAGGCCAAAGCUAAGCUGAAUGUCAUCCACCAGAAAAUCCUACAGAAACGUCUGGAGCAGCUUAAAGCUCGUCAGCUGCGUGAGGCUGAAAAAGAGAAAGCAGAACUUGCUGCUGUUUUGGCGAUGCAGACCCAGGAUGUUGAAGGAGACGUGAGUGGCUUAAGGGAGCUUCUUGAUGACGAGGCAGAGCUUGCUCCAGACGACAAUGACCAGGACAUGGACGGACUCAAUACACCUGCACUUCCUUAUGAUCGAGCUAUGAGCCCCGAACCUGUCGACACGCUUAGUCGUGAAGAUCAGAGCUUGGCUGUUGUGGAUCAGUGGGAGGACUGGGCAGAGAUCCUCGAAAAACGUCGUCAAGUGCUCAAUAAGCAGUUCAAUCCUAAGAAGAAGAAUCCUGAUCAAGAUAUGGACGAGCAACAUCCAGACGAUGAGUUUGUCUCUAAGAUCUUGUUUGACAAGGAAGCAGCAAAACAGAUGGCUGUCAACGAGGAAGUAUUCAAUGUCGAAGCCGCAUUACAACGACAACAGACAUAUAUGUGGCAAGAUAAAUAUCGACCCCGCAAACCUCGAUUCUUCAAUCGUGUUCAUACAGGAUAUGAAUGGAACAAGUAUAAUCAAACGCACUACGACCACGACAAUCCACCGCCUAAAGUUGUACAAGGUUACAAGUUCAAUUUGUUUUAUCCUGAUCUUAUUGAUAAGUCCCAGGCGCCUACGUAUGAGAUCAUCAAGGAACCCGAUACCAAUGAUACAGUGCUUAUAAAGUUUAAAGCUGGGCCUCCAUACGAAGACAUUGCUUUCAGAAUCGUCAAUCGUGAAUGGGAGCAUUCGCACAAGAGAGGCUACAAAUCCGUUUUUGACCGUGGGGUGCUGCAACUCCACUUUAACUUUAAGCGCCAGUUCUACAGACGAUAG